AUGUCGGAUCCAUAUCGACUCGAGUGCGGAGUGAGGCAGGGUGGUUUGACUUCCCCAACCCUCUUCAACCUGUACAUCAACGGGCUGAUAGCAGAGCUUAGUAGUCAACAUGUCGGCUGCCACAUUGAUGGUGUGUGUGUCAACAACCUAAGUUACGCGGACGACAUGGUGCUACUGAGUGCUUCGGUGUGUGGUUUGAGACGGUUAAUACGGACGUGCGAGGAGUAUGCAGGUGGCCACGGUUUAAUAUACAAUGUUAAGAAGAGUCAGUACAUGGUGUUUGAGGCGGUGGGGGCGAGAUGUCCGAGUAGUGUGCCACAGGUUAAGUUAAAUGGUAUCCAUCUUGCUCGUGUUGACAGUUUUAAAUAUCUGGGGCAUAUACUCACCACGGACCUUAGGGAUCAUGCUGACAUGGAAAGGGAGCGUAGGGCAUUGUCUGUUAGAGCAAAUAUGCUCGCCCGUAGGUUUGCGCAAUGUUCGAGGGGGGUAAAAGUUGCGCUUUUUAAAGCGUACUGUACUUCACUGUACUCGUGCAGCUUAUGGGCUGAUUAUAGUCAAACUUGUUACAGUGCACUCCGCGUCCAAUAUAAUAAUGCGUUCAGGGCAGUGUUGGGGCUAUCCCGUCGUUGUAGCGCGUCGGGAAUGUUCAUGGAGGCGCGCACUGACGGCUUUCAUGCGACUAUGCGUAAGCGAGCUGGCGCUCUCGUGCGCAGAGUGCGGGCUAGUUCCAACAAUGUCCUGGCAAUGAUAGCGCAGAGACAUGAUUGUCUCAUAAUUAGGAAUUGCUGCGACAGGCAUAUUUCAGUGCAUAUACCACCGAGAGUGCUUUAG